CGUCAUGGUGCAAGUUGUCACGGUUUAGCGCGAGACGACAUCUGCAGCUUGGACCUGCCCAUAUUCAAAAGGCUGUACAUUUAAAAAGUAAAUACGUAGAUGAAGGUGGAAAUCAACGACCAUUCCUGGCCGAUCCUGGGCAUCUACAACUGCCAACCAAAAUUCCCUGGAUCCUGGGGAUCCCCAUUGCCACCCGCUAGCUGCGUUUAAGCUAAGACGUCUUCGAUCACCUUGCACAGUAGCUGAAACCUUUGCCUGCAUCACAGGUCUCGUCCGGAGAAGGCUAGACCUUGCCAGCAUGGCUCGCGGAACCGCCGUCGCCUUCCUGCUCCUGGCUGCCGUCGCACUUGCGGCUGGUAAGACAUGCAACGAGAACUGCUGUGACACUGUGGAAAUACGGGGUCCCGGUUGCGUGAUUCGGUUUACGCAGGCGCCCACCCUCCCCCUUCUCGCCGCCCGCCGCCACGCCGCACUGAUGACCCCCUGGCCCCCUACACCAUCGGCCUGUGGUGAGGGUGACCUGCCCUACAGCAAUGACCAGGCCACCGUGGGCAUGCCGCACAUGAUCGCCGACAUGAACGCCGCCAAGCUGGCCUUCACCGCCAUGGACGGUGCGUGGGCGGGAAGGGGACGAGCGGGGUGGGCGGGAAGGGGAUGGACGGCCUGGGUGAAUGGGAGCCUGGCGCCUGCGCCUCACCCCGUCAGUCCGUCUCCCCUGCCUCCCUUCCCUCGCUCACAUCCCACCCCACCGCUGUCCGCCUCCCCAGGCGACCUGAAGCAGGGCAGCAACUCCCCCUGCGACGACGCCAUGUACGCGCGCUCGCUCGACUACUUCAACCAGCUGGACGCGCCCGCCGCGUUCACCCCCGGCGACAACGACUGGGUGGACUGCGACCGCGCCAACAACGGCGGCUUCAACUCGCUGGAGCGCCUGGACUACGAGCGCAAGGUGUUCUUCUCCGACGCCUACACUCUGGGCAAGACCAAGCUGAAGCAGGAGGUGCAGAUGGAGCCGCUGUGCCCCGGCUACUCCGCCACCAAGCCCUACCCGCUGGUGCCCUGCGUGGAGAACCGCCGCUGGAUGUACGGCGGUGUCAUGUACAUGACCGCCAACGUGCAGGGCUCCUGCAACAACCUGUGCGACACCAACCCCGACCCCGAGGAGUUCGCGGGCCGUGACAUCGCCAACAUCGCGUGGCUCAACUCCACCUUCGCCGCCGCCAAGAAGGCCGGAGCCGUGGCCGUCAUGAUCAUCACCCAGGCCAACCCCGGCUGGGACGGCAGCGACAGCACCCGCGCCCCUCGCCGCGACUACUCGACCCUGGCCCGCCUGCCCGCCCGCAUCGGCCCCAACAACACCAACACCUGCGGCGACGACACCUCCGCCCCCGACGGCUUCCAGGCCUGGCUGCUGGCGGUGCGCGCCGCCGUGCUGGGCUUCGGCGGGCGGCCUGUGGUGUACGUGCACGGUGACAGCCACUACUUCCGUGUGGACAAGCCGCUGCUGGACAGGAACGGCGCCCGCAUCCAGUACUUCACCCGUGUGGAGACCCCCGGUGACAACGCCCAGACCGGCAACAACGACGUCACCUGGCUCAAGGUUCACGUGGACCCCCGCAGCCGCGAGGUGUUCAGCUACUCGCCGCAGGUGGUGGUGGGCAACGUCGCCAACUACACCAACCACCACUAAACCACCAGAGGACUGGAGAGAGGGGGUGAAGCAGAGCGGUGAACUGGCACACGGAAGGGGUAGGGGAGGCUGCGCUGCUGCGUCACGGCAGGCCAUCACGGUAUCGAAACGAGUGUGAUGCAUUGAUCAUGCGCGGCUCGCCCGAAUGCCUUUUCUGUGUGGUGCUUACCUGCAACGCCACCUGGUGUCAUUCGGACUCGGGACUAUCGGGAAUGGUUUUCUGUAUUACGUGGCGCUGCUAAGAGAAUAAAUAAUUAGCGGUUCCCGGACAGCCCCAAGUAACACCCACUAACUCGUGUACGGCACCCCAAUCGUCCCCAUCAUCCGACCAGGAGUCGGGGCAGUAGUCGGGCGGCUGCGCGAGUGGGAGCUGGCAGUUGUACGCAGGGUUGCACAGUACGCUGUACACGUACUAGUAUUAAGUACUGUACGUACUGUACUGUGUUUCCGAGAGUAGUACGUUGUGUAGGGAAAGUGGAUGCGUGGCGUGCGGCAUGGGGCUAGGCCGGCCAAUGUGGGGCCGCACGAUUGUGGGGCCAGUCCCGGACGACCUGAUGAUAACAUGAUGAACUGCCGUUCCUCUGCUGUAACUCGCUCCUCUGUCCACUGGCAUCAGAGAAUGAGCUGAAUAUCAGUACUUGGUGGUGUUUUAUGUCAUGCAAAGGAAUGGAGAAGUGCAGCCCUGCUGCAAGGCCAAAAGGCUACGGCAAUGCCGUGCAUUGCAUGGGCACGUACUGGCUUUCGCCGACGAGCGUAUUAUGGCACUAUUGUAGCGUACAGGUGCGCUGCGGCUCUGCAUCGCGAGUUUAGAGUUGAGGUGUGACUGUGUGGUGCUAUCGCCUG